AUGAGUUCAGAAGCAUGCUGCCCUCUCCACCUACCGCAAACACCCACAGUCUUACUUCGGAACCCUGGGUGUUGGCCCUGGGCGAUUGACACUGUCGAGAUCUGCUUAGGCACUCUCUGUAGUGUUGUCACCUGGGAAUACACCGUUCAAAACGAUAUCAAUCGAGGAUACAGCAGACAGCAUGCAGACCAACCCACCACCACCACCGAUGACUUCCUUUUUCAUCCAUCCCCGGGGCUGAUGCUCUUCUCAUGCCUGGUCUUUGGUUGCGCCGUGUCUUCGUUUACCCAGCGACGACAGAGCCAAGAUCCUCUUCAACUAUUUGUGUACACCACGCUUCUCGGUGCUGCAGCUCUUGUUGGAUAUGCACGUCGAGAGAGCGCCCACCUGAUCCUCCUGGGGUACUUACCCUGGGCCACAUGCGCGGCUAUGACCCUAAGCAUCUCAGGACAUAGUCUGUACAGGUUGCUCAAGACUGGUUCUGGAGCGACCAAGGACGAAGAAAAGGCCCAACUUCUCGGUGGUUGA